AAAAAAAAUCAUGUCUUCCAAUGGGCAUAGUUUCUCUUCACUCUCUCAUGAAAAAUUCCAACAUCAAUGCAUUACCACUCUUAAAAUUCCAAACCCUCAUAUCAGCUGCCUUGCAGCCCGCAACAACCUUCUCUACGUGGCCUCCAUCAAUGAAAUCAGCGUAUUCGAUUUAUCUAACUAUACCCUUAUCGAUACAUAUAGCAAUGAUUUAUCUGCUGGAUCCGUCAAGUCUAUAGCUUUUAGCAGUACAAAAGUCUUCACCGCCCAUCAAGACUGCAAAAUCAGAGUCUGGCAAAUGACACCAUCGAAAAAACACCAACUUGUCUCCACACUACCCACUGUCAAAGACCGUUUUCUCCACUUCAUGUUGCCCAAAAACUACACGACUGUCAGGCGUCACAAGAAGCGGCUUUGGCUUGAACACUGGGAUACAGUUUCAGAUUUAGUAGUCAAAGAAGGGUUAAUGUAUUCAGUUUCUUGGGACAAAAGUUUUAAGAUAUGGAACCCCACAACUUAUCGGUGCUUAGAAUCUGUAAAAGCGCAUGAAGAUGCCGUAAACGCAGUGGCCGUAUCGGAUGUCGGCGUCGUUUACACAGCGUCAGCCGAUGGACUUAUAAGAGCUUGGGAGAAAGUUGAUAAAGAUGGUAAACACACGUUAAUUGCAACAUUAGAGAGGCAUAAGUCAACAGUCAAUGCUCUUGCAUUGAAGGGUGACGGUUCGCUUUUGUUUUCGGGUGGUUGUGACCAUUCGAUUGUGGUGUGGGGGAGAGAAAACAACGGUGAUCAGAUGGUGUUUGUGGAAGCAUUGCGGGGUCAUACAGGAGCUAUAUUGUGUUUGAUCAAUGUUGAUGAUUUGAUAGUGAGUGGAUCAGCUGAUCGAACGGUGAGGGUUUGGCAGUGUGGGGAGAAUGGUUAUCGUUGUAUUACAAUCUUAAAAGGGCAUGAAAAACCAGUAAAAUCGUUGGUAAACAUCAAAAGAGGUGGGUGCAACGGUGUCGUCUCGAUUUGUAGUGGUAGCCUUGAUGGAGAAAUUAAAGUGUGGGAAGUGCGGAAAAAGAAGCUGAACAAGAAGUCCCUUUCAAAUGUAUUUGUAAUUAAAAAUAGUUAACCAAAGAAAAAGAAAAGUUAAAAUAAUUAAUUAAUU